AUUAAAUUGUACCGUUAGAAGUUAUAACGUCAGUGAUUGCAAAUGAAGGUAAGGGUUUAUUCCGCGCUUGGUAAACUUGAAUUUGAACGAGUCUAUAUGGUAUUAUAAUAUUUAUCUCAAAGAUAGUUAUCACGAUUUGUGCGUCAACUCUUGCGUCUCGACGAGUCGUAAGUAUAAUACACCUGUAGCAUGCGCCAUGCAGAAAGUCAGUCGUAAGUAGACUUCAGAAAACUCAUCAUGGAUAAAAACAUGGAGAAAGAGAAAGUUAAGAAAACAAUGUGGCCUCAAUGGGUCGCUGGUAUCGGAGUUAAUCUUUUAUUGCUGCAAGUGGGAAUGAUGGUUGGUUGGAGUUCACCGUACGUCGCUUCUCUAACUUCGGAUGAAGGCCGCUUUCAUAUAACAAUGCACGAAGCCUCGUGGAUAAUUUCGCUGUUGAAUUUGGGUAGACUAGUUGGCGCCAUUACCGGUUCUAUCACUGUCAACUAUUUCGGUACCAAAACAACCAUUCUCAUCACCAGUAUGCCGUUGGCCUUCUGCUGGCUCUUUAUGAUCUUGGCUAAUCGAGCGGAAUGGUUGUAUGCGGCUAGGUUUCUGGGUGGUAUCAGCCUCGGAAAGGUGUACAGCAGUUUUUCGCUUUACUUAGGCGAGAUCGCAGAUCCAAAAAUUCGUGGGGCUUUGGUCUUUCUAGCUAUGGGCGGAUUACCGAUAGGCAAUUUAAUAAUGUGCAUCAUGGGCGCGUAUUUAAAAAUGGAAAUUUCCAGUGGUAUAAGCCUCAUACUCUGUGUCAUACUAAUGGUUAUUUUUAUCUGGCUGCCGGAAUCGCCGCAUCAUCUCGUUAAGAUCAAGUCGGAUGAGAAAGCGCAAGCAUCGAUACUCUGGUAUCAUCGUGACUGCGAUGUGGAUUCGGAACUACAGUCUCUGAAGAAGUUCAUCGAGAUAAACAACAGCCUACCCUUCAUGGACGUCCUAAAGGAAUUCAGAUUUCCGCAUAAUUGGAAAGCGUUACUUCUUGUGGUGACGCUUCUUAUGUACAGUCAAAUGUGCGGCCUGAACAACGUGAUAUCUUACAUGGAAACCAUCCUGCGAAGCUGUAGAGUGACCGUCAUAAAGCCGGCAGUAGUCGUAAUUAUUGUCACUGCCUGCGGAAUCGUCAGCUCUCUAUUCUCCAUGUUGCUGAUCGACAAGUGCGGUAGGCGGGUACUGAUGCUCACUUCCACCUCUUCCGUCAUCGUCUCGACAGUUUGCCUAGGUACGGAAUUUCAACUACUCGACUUAGGCUACGACCCUGACAAACUCCAGCCACUUCCGAUUUUCGCGAUGAUACUCUUUCAAGUAUCCGUUUUCAUCGGCAUCUUAUCGAUACCCACGACUAUACUUGGUGAAGUCUUUCCACCUUACAUAAAGUGCGUAGCCAGUUGUUUCGCUAGCAUCGCAGCCGGAAUUUUCUCCUUCAUCUCUGUAGCGACUUAUCAGCCUCUGGUCAAUUUAAUCACGGAAAAGUACGUGUUCUACACCUAUUCCCUGUUGCUGUUAACCGCCAUACCGUAUACGCUUCUGUGCAUGCCCGAGACCAAGGGCAAGACAUUGCAGAAAAUUCAGGAAGAGUUGACGAAGAAGAGUUGAAUCUGUUUGAAUGUAUUUAUCGGACUGCUAAACCCAACGGUAUGCAUAGAGAACUUGUGAUGUGAUUAUUCAUUCUCUCAUGUUCGUCGCGUAAAUUACGUACAACGUCGAUGUCGGUGCCAACCAACGCUGCCGCGACUAAUGAUCUGACAAAUCUGAUUGCUUGUAAUAUUUUUAUUAGCUAACAAAGUGAAAUUACCACACAAUAAAGAUUAGCUAUGAAGUGAUA